AUGGCUUUGUGUUCUAACCCAGAAACUAUAACAACGGUCGAAAGUGAACUGGAAAUCGUCAAGAAAACACUAAAUGAAAAAGUAGAGGGAUCAGAGUUAAUUUCAUGUCACUCUGUUGCUGUAAAUGUUAGAAUCACGUAAGUGAAACAAUGCAUACAUGUACGUUAUAUAAAGCUCAUCUACUUGGGAAUGCUUAGUUUCAUUGUUAGUUCAGACUAAAAAUUUUAAAACACAUAAACUUCUAUAAAAAAGGCCUUAUUCAAUUUACACAUUUUAUAGUCUGUCAAAGGGUUUUUUCCUAAAUAAUUAACUGUUACUGUAAGUAGUUUAAGGCAGGCAUUUAACAAAUUCAGGAGAGAUAAUUUAUUUAUUUCCGGCCACUUUAUUCAGGCUGCUUUACUAUAAGAAAUAUUUCUCAUGUUAAGUUUCAGAUGACUGUCUCUGAGGUCAGAUGGCUUAUUUUUUAAACCGUAAACUCUCGGUUUAAACGUCAAACUUUUCAUGUACCAAACGUUUUAUCUCUCGAUUCAGUGGUACAUGAAAAGAUUGACGUUUGAAUCAAUAAGGUGCAGCAUAUCUAAUUUGGGUCAGCCCAUGGAUUAAGUUCGAGUGGGCCACAAGGGAAUUGACUUUGUUUCAAAUGGUCAAAUUGUGAACUUUUCAUGUGUCGAAUCUAAGGCAUAAAUUACCGUAUAUAAUUUCCCUUUUACUAGUAAGCAUUGUAGGCCAAUGUACGUCAUGAAAGUGAAUCAAGUUCGACGUGUGAAUCAACCAUCGAACUUAACUCAUUUGGGUCAACCCAAAUAGGUAUUCUGUGUUUUCACUGUCAUGCCAUCAAAUAUAAAAAUGCAAACCAGUCAAUACAGAAAGUUAUCUGGGAAAUUAAUGGAGAUAGAUAUACAAAAAGUCUUGCCAAGAAUCAGGUCUGUACAAUAUUCAUAUGCGAGAUAUUCAGAAAAACGUUUUACCCAAACUUAUAAGGCUUUGUAUGGAGAUGCCAUGUUCAUGUCCCUUUGAGGGGCACAAAUAUCGUCACCGGAAUCCAACAGACACAUCUGUUUUUGAGUUUUCCUUCUUAUGGGUGAAUUCAUCACUUGAGGAACUCAUAAAGAUUUUUAAAGUAAUAUUUAUUCCAAGACAAGGAAUGUUUAGAUAGCAAAAUCUCAAAAACUAAGUAAUGUUUUUAACCCGUAUAAGAGCUUUCUCGGCUGCCACCUAUUAAAUGCUGUGUCAUGCAAAAGCCUGGAAAUUCAAGCAUCUUCUGUAGCAAAGUGAAGAACCUUUCCAACCAAAAAUUUGUAUAAAUAAAGGUUUUUUAGGUGCUGUAAUACCUCAUGAAAGUAGAAACUCAGAAGAAUCAAUAGUUGCUUAGUUUGAAUUUUGGUGACAUCAUGUGAAAACCCCUAAAGGCUAAUCAAGUUCUGUACGUGAGAAGUUCAACGGUUGUACUGGGUGUAACUCUUCUCUUUAUGUUCUUUAGGAGGACGAAAUUUAAGAGUGUUGUUGUGUUGCUUCAGUUUCCUGACAAGUAUCCCACAAGUGCUAUUAUUGUGGAGUUGAAAAGUAAAACCUUACCUCCUCGCCUUUUAGCCAAAAUGACCGAACUGUGUGACCAAGAAGUCAAAAAAUUCCUUGGUAAACCUCAGGUGGGUAGACCAAGAACGAAUCAAAAAUUAUGCAUCAUUUUCUGCGAUUUGAAUUUCCUGUAUUCAUUUGGUAUUAAAAUUAAGCACCAAUAAAGUAAAGUAUAUAAUAUAAUUCAGCUUAUUACACUCAGCACAAAGACAAUAAAUUAAUGUGCAUAUCUAAGCAUGGAUUUUUUUAAAAAUCUGACUUAGAGGCAGUGUUACUUGUAAGUGUUAAGUUCUCAGUUGUGUCAUAGAUUGCAGCUGCACAAGAGUGAUGAUGUCACCAUGGGACUGUAGUGGGGUUAGCUUUGUUUUAAUAGAGUGCUGGUACUCAGAAUGGAAGGUCUGGGAUUCGAUUCUUGGGGUUGAGCCAAUACUUAACGUUUUUAAAUAACUGAAUAAAAUGGUAUUGCAGCUGCUUUGUAAACAAAUAAAUCUUUGCUAGGCUCAGAUGACCACGCUGUAAUGGCUCCCUUUGCAUCUCCAGUAGGGGAUGUAAAAAAAGUGUCCUCAUUCAGUACUUUGUGCAAGGAACAGUGAUGUCACUUAAAGUCAAAUAAAGUCAUUAAUUUUAAUUUACUGUGUUUUUUAUGGAACAAAAGAUUGUUGCUCUAUAUUGCUGUGUCUUACAUUCAGGAAAUAUUAAAUGUUCCAUUUUUUACAAAAUAUUUCUUGUAAUUUACUCUAUAAUUUUAUUAUUGCUUGCCUUAAGGUCAUCCCCAUUUUGGUGUUUGUGCGCAGAUUUCUUGAUGAGAAUGCUUUGAUCGCAUGCUCAGAUGAAUUUCAAUAUAUUAAAUCAAGGCUACUAACAGAUGCAGAUCAACUUAAAGCUAAACAAAAAGCAGGAAUCCUUAGUAUUCGUGCCAACCAAGACAAGUAAGUGCCUUUUCGUACCCAUAAAAAUUGUUUAGAUCACAUCUACAAGGAAAGUUCACCCCUUGCUUUGACAUCUUUGAAGUUUGGUAGACUAGUGUCCUGUGAGGGGACAGGGGUCAGAUAUUAAUGUUAUUUUACUCCUAGCAGAGCUAAACGCACUUAUAAAGAAACCAGCAUAAAGCCUGAGCCACAUACAGCAAAAACCCUAGCUUUUUCCUAUACCAUGUAACAGAAUUUGUUAUCAAUGUGUGUAUAAACUUGAAAUGAUUGUAAACAAUAUGUUUUUUUUCAGUAAGUAUUUAGCUAAGUAUUGAUCUACAAAUGACUGAAUAAAAAUGUUGUCCUGUAGAUAUUUUCUAGAUGUAAAGAUUACUGUACCAGAUGAUUACCAUGCUUCUGCCGUUAGGUGAGUGAAAAUUGUUUUUUCAAUAAGGCACUUGAAUAUCAUAUUAUGUUUUUUUCUUCCCAUUUCAUUUAUCAAAUAAACGGACUCCAGGUGAAGGGCUAGGAAUGUUAUUACUGUACUCUAAAACUAGUGUGACAUAGGGAAAGCUCCCCUGAAUCCUCUCAGAACGUGGAGUCUGAACUAGAUUCAUGAUCAGCUUUGAAUUUUAGUGAAGGAAUCUAGGGAAGAGUGUCAUUCUAGAAAUAUUUUCAUCGCUGAUGCCAAAAUUGGUUAAAUUUUUGAGGCCAAGGUGAAGGCAUCUCUCUUGCAAAUUAUUUCCUGCGACGCAGAUUGAUAAGUACCCUGCGAGCAGAGGCCCUUCGAUCUUCCUAGAUAAGUCCGACUUAUCUAGGAAGAUCGAAGGGCCUCUGCUCGCAGGGUAAUUGAUAAGAGGUUGCUAUAUUUCUCAAGCUAUUAACAAGACAAUGAGCUUAGCUAUGUCUUGACUUAUCGGUGUCGUUAUUAUCACCUGACUGAAGAUAUAAACUGAAGCAAGUAAAGAACUCAAGGUUGUUUUCAUCUACAGGAUAGAGCUGAAGGAAUCAAACUUUCCAGAUAACUUGACACGAGUGUUUAUUGGUCAAGCAGUUGACUUAGCAAGGCAAUGUGUUGAGGCACCCUUACGGCGUAAACCAAAGUUUGUGAUUAAUAAAAUUAUACUAAUAUUAGGGCUGUCAUUAAGAGGGGAGGGCCACGGAUUCUUGCGGCUUCUAUGAACAUGGCCCCAUGGCCCUUGGCUACUUUCAAAGGAAAAUAGAAGAGAAAUAGAACCAAAAGAAACCCCCAGCUGUUUGAUUUCCAGCCAAGUUGUUGUCGAUAUUUACCCGGUAACUUAAAAUCUUAGUGACAACCCUCAAUAAUAAGAAGAAAAGUCUAGUAUUUAUCAUUGGCCAUGGAUGUGAUAAAGCAAAUCCUUAAGCCUAAAAUAACAAUGAAAGGAAAAAAAUUCCAAUGAGCACAAGCCAGAACAUUUUGCUAUUUACAAGUGUGUCCAAGAUGAUCAAUUGAACUCUGAAAUACCAAGAAGAAGACAGUAAAGUCCAUCUGAAUUUUUAAGAAGAGCAUAAGAAGAGUCGAUAAUAAUUUCUUGCAGACUUAGUAUUUACAAUCCAUAGUCAAAUAUGAUGUCAUUUGUACGUCUUCAGUCACUCAUUUAUUCAUUGUGAGGGGAACACAACCCACAACUAUCCUGCGGGCAGAGGUUUCUUUCUGGCAUAACUUUUAGCUUGAUGAAUUUGUUCACAUGGCUUCUCAGUCACAUUAGGCGUGUAGGGGUGUAAACAAACCAACUACGCGACUGACAAGCAACGCAAAUGACUAUACAAAUGCUAAGAGCCAUUCCAGGAAAAAACCUCUUCUUGCGGGUUAUCCCACAACAGACCUGCUCCAAUUAACUUCAAUGGCUUUAUAGCUCUUGUAGUUUAAGUGUUGCAUUGGUAACAUAGAUUUCAUGGGGGUUUUGGCAGUUGCUUCUAAACUUGUUGGCACUACUGCAGUGAUCAUUACUUAUUGGUAAAUGACACAGAUUAGCUAGAUCAGUAACAAUCAAAAGCAGUGUAAUUUAAGUCAGAAUCCAGUGUGUGAACUUUUUUUCUCCUCAGAGACCCGCCAUUUGAACCAAAGCCGUCUUUAAAGUUGGUUUGUGACUUCCUUGUCGAUCAGUGCGUCAGACAUUGCCCUCUACAGACGUGUCCAAUUUGUCAACAGAAAGCCUUGCCGGAUAAUCCAAGGGUAUUGUUUAAGAUUGUUUUGGAGGAGCUGUGUUCUGAAGUUUAUCAAAAUUCAAACAGUGGGAACAGCCACCAAAUUGAGUGAAACUAAACAUAAUAAAAAGAAGUUAUAAUUAACAUAGCAAAUAGAAAAGGAGGGACUGAUGGACAAACUUAAAGUAGAUUGAAAGGGAUUGCACUUCUGGGAUUUGAAAACUUGUUGACCUAACAGUUUUUCAAAGUUCAUUUUUGUUGUUAGCAACGUUUGAUAUAAUGCUUGGGAGACAUAUUUGCUUGUCUUGGAAGCUGCCAUUUAGUCAUUCAAAAGUAAUUUCUCCAGUUACAAGGCUGUGCUCUAAGGGAAAUUGAAGGGAGCCCAGUGCUGUGAGCCUGUAAAAUCUAGGGUGCCCAGCGUAUGUUUUGUAUGAAAAAUCUGAGAUUUUCUAGUCGCCCGAGAGUAAAAGUCAGGUGCCAGGGGCCACCGGGCUCUGCUAGAGCACAGCCCUGAGUUACAUAGCAAACAUGGAUGAGCAAUUGGUAUUAUUAACAAAAUGGACUAGACAACCAUGGCACAGCUCUUUUAAGCUCUUUUAGAAUGUCUUUCCAAGAGAUCAAGCAUGGCUAAGGACAAAUUAAAGUACCUUAUAGUUUUUUUUGUAAGAGGUUUUGUUUUUUAGCUCACACACCUACCCCCGAACCCCUAGCCUGCGAACACUAGCCUGUUGUAGCCUGUGUAGUCGUCAUUUCCAUUUCCCUCAUAUUAAGCCAAGCGGGGCAAGCAUGAAAGACGUGCAAGGGCUAAAAGGAGCAAAAAAAUAGGAGGGGGGCAGGGAAGUUUCCUUUCCUUCCCCGCUCCCCUCCCCCCCCCCCCCCCCACCACCCCCCGACCCCCAGGCCACCGAACACUGCCCUGUGUGGGCCUGGGAGGCGUCCUUUUCCUUUUCCCUCAUAUAAAACCAGGGGGGGGAACAGGGAAAGGCGGGGAGGGGAAAAAAGGGACAAAAAAAAGGGGGGGGGGGGGGGAAUUUCCUUUCCUUUCCCCCCCCCCCCCCCCCCCCCCCCCCCGCUCCUUUUAUUUUUAGGGACCUUACGAUCCGACAACGGCGUCGUCCAUGAAAACGUCGCUGAAAAAUAAACUUCGCAUCCUUUUAACCUUUUUCGCGAUUAUCCCAAUUCGCCCUGUUACUUAGAAGAAGGGAAUUUUGGUUGGAGCUGAGGAGAGGGGACCGCGCCCGAAAUUCAGACAGAGAUGAUAGAAUUUAUUGCCUUGCGGUUCCCGUUCUCAAGUAAACUUAAAAUUUGGUCAUUUCACGUCGUAGUUGUGCAGGGACAGGAAAGAAAUGUACAAAAAAGCGUGAUGCACGUGCAGAGUUGUUGUUUUGGUCAUUAAACUUAUUGCUUCUUUGACGUUCUCCUUGCUGUCGCCGUCGUAGUUGAGUAAAGGUCCCUUUUGUUACUUCUAAGGCUGACAUGUCUCGUUUGUCCUGCUUGGCUCGAAGGAAACGGAAAUGACUGCUACACAGGCUACGUUUGCUGACACAACAACACCAUUGUUUAACGUGCAUCUGAGUUGCUACUGGCAGUAUUCAAACGGUUGUUGUGUUAUUGAACUCUACAGGAAGCAGUUACAGAUCCAACAGACCUUAAAUAUGUUGAACGUGUCUACUGCAAUCAUCUCUUUCACUAUGGAUGCCUUGAUAAAUACAUGAAAACCCCGCCUUUUCAAGGUAUGAACCUUUAUGUUAGCCUGCGUGCAGACAUCUCCUAUUCUAAUAAUUAUUCCAAAUUCCGAAGUUAGAACUAGUUUCACUUUGUGUGACUGAACCAAAGUAGCUUGUGAAUACAGUCGCCAGGGACGUUUCUCGACACUUCUGUUGGGUUGAAGAGCGAGGAGAAACAGCCGUAUUCGCAGGCCAGAGCCCAAGAGAAGAAAACGUCGGUAGUUUUAGCUUUUGCAGCGGUCGUAUUUGGAGAUUCUAAUGAGACAUAAUAUGGGGUAGACUGCGAGCAAUUUCUUAUUUUUCUUUUGAGUCGAAGAAAAACGACCACUCGCGGUCUAAAUAUUGGGCAAAUUUAGAAACGAUAACGCAAAAGCGUGCUUAAAGGACUGAACACGACUUUCGGUGCCCAUUUUGCCGCUCUGCCAUUGGUCAAUUCCGUGUUUAGCGGUGUGGGCGCCGUCGUCACUUUCGUCGAUGCAUUGGGGAAGAAGGUCUCCCUGCCAGUCAAAUCAACUUUAGUCUAUAUGAGAAUAAAGUUGACCCCAUCGCCCGAGUCAAGAGCUGACGAAUACGCUCUAGCAUGCGUCGAUAGUGUCGCCUCGACCGGGUUGACCCGGCUGGCGAGUCAAACUGCUUACAUGCUGCUAGAAGGGUGAUGGAGAGGUUUCCUUUACCGUUCAUAUUCCACAGGUCACGACAAAAAUAGCAACAUAAUUAUAAGUAAUUUCCCCUCCAUCAAAAACAACAUUUUGGAUAACGUUUAGGGCUAGGAGACAUUUCUGGGCUUGUUUAUUUAUCUGUAGCAUGGUGACCUGUAUUUUGACCUGUGGAAUAUGAACUGUAAAAAAUACCAGCCGAAGGGUGACUCCGCUAAGCAGGUCACCCUUCAAGCCGAGCCAACUUUUUGUUCUCUGAUGUAACCGGUUCUUCAAGUUUUGUUCAGCCUGCGUGGCCGGUGUUGAAAGGGGAAGCGGGAAUUUGGGCGCGCGCGAGGGAGAGCUUAUCUUUGCAUAUCAAAUUAGGGGCGGUUUGGAGAAAACAAUAGCGUCCGUGCCAUCGUUCCUUUUCUUUCUCCCUCGCGCGCCCCACACGCCCUCUCUCGCGCCCAAAUUCCCCCUUCCCCUUCCCCUUUCAACGCCGGCCACGCAGGCUAAGUUUUGUUAGGAAAUGUAGGAAAAAUUUGACUCACCGAGGUAGGCGAGCGAUCCUUCUACCCGGGACAAGACAAGUGUUCUCCAUAUAAUUAGGACCUAAUAAGACUAGAGCACAUUUCAUGGCUUUGGGUUCAGUAUAAGUUUGUUUUCUUUACUAACAAAAGGGGGUUUUGAACAUUUAUGUUUCCCGUUUCCCAGGCGGAAAGAAAUGUCCGGCUUGUAAAAAAAGGAUAUAUCAUGAGCGUUGGAAGAUCACGCCUAAACUCGCAGAGGAAAGAUGGGCACACCACGAGGCAAAGAAAAGAGAACUCUCAGAAGUUGUGGACUUUUUAGGAGACUGUCUUUGAUAUCAAUUAUUAUUCUCAAUAAUUAUACAAGUUAAAAAUAAAGCAGUUGCUUUAACUGUACCCCACGCACAGCUGACAUGCUAGGAACUUAUUACCGUAUUUAUUCGAUUAACCGCCCUGGGCGCUUAUUAAAUUUUUGGACAUUGAGAAUGGGCGUUUAUUCGAGAUAGGCGCUUAUUCGAGGCUGGGC